AAUCCGCGCUGGACACUGAGAACAUGGUGUGACAGUGUCAGUGUGAGGAGAGGAAGGUUCUCUGCAGUAACCGCCCCUUCCACGCUGAGACGAAGGAUAGCCAACAUUUAGACAGUGUGUGUAUUGAAGCCGGCAGCUCCUGGACGCCACUCACUCUCAACAUGAGCACCGGCGUGGAGCGACUGUUCGACGAGCUCGGGCACUUCGGGAGGUUCCAGGCAUGCCUGUACUUCGCCGCUGUUUUCCAGGCCAUGUCUUGUGGGAUUCACUACCUGGCCUCUGUGUUCUUUGUGGAGACACCAAAAUUCCUCUGUGAUGCACCUUGGAACAUCACAAAUGUCCUGUAUGGGAACCACUCUGGAAACUCUCUGGAAGAUGUCUGGUCAUUCUACAAGCCUGGGAAUGGGGCGGUGGUGGUGCAGACGAUCAAUGGAGAGCAGUGGGAGCUCAGCCCCUGUCUCAAAGUACAGCGCCAUGAUGCGGUCAAUUUUCGCUAUGAGUUCUACGGCAACACGUCUGUGGAGUCAUGUGGUCACUAUGUGUUCGACCACAGCCAGGUGAAGCAGAGCAUAGUAACCGACUGGGACCUGGUGUGUGAAAAGGAAUGGCUGGCCAAGCUUUCCCAGCCAACCUUUAUGCUGGGGGUCCUGAUUGGAGCGCUGGUGUUUGGAGACAUCGCUGAUAGGGUUGGCCGACGGCCCAUUCUAAUGGCCACCAGCAUGUGCCAGUUUGUGUUUGGCAUCACUGUGGCAUUUACUGGAAACUAUUACUUGUUUGUGGUGAUGCGUUUCCUUCUUGCCAUGGUGUCGAGUGGCUAUCUGGUUGUCGUCUUUGUCUAUGUUACGGAGUUUACGGGGAAUAAGGUGCGUACAUGGACCUCUAUGCAUGUGCACGCAGCCUUUGCGGUGGGAAUCAUGGUGGUGGCUCUGGUGGGGUAUCUGGUGCGUGUCUGGUGGCUCUACCAGAUCAUCCUGACUCUCAGCACCUGUCCAUUCCUGCUCUACUGCUGGAAGUUCCCUGAGACGCCCUUCUAUCUGCUCGCUAAAGGACGGCAUGAGGAAGCACAGGAGCUGCUGGACACCAUCGCACACUUCAAUGGUCUGGAGCCCAAACUCAAGGUAUCAGACUUGUUGGAUGACAAUGGGAAGGCCUUGUUGAAGAGCACACAGAAAGAUGAAAACGGGAUGGAAGAGCCAGAGAAGAAGCUGAGUCUCUUGGACAUGUUUGGUAGCUGGAAGAUGGCCAGCCGCAGCGCCACCUGCUGGGCAAUCUGGUUCAUCGGUUCACUAGGCUAUUAUGUGUUCAGCCUGGGUUCUGUUAACCUGGGAGGAAACCAAUAUGUCAACCUCUUCCUUGCUGGUGCCGUUGAGCUGCCUUCGUACUUUAUUGGCUGCUUCGCGAUGGACAGGGUGGGCAGGAGAUGGACCUGUGCUCCGGCACUGCUGCUGAGUGGAGUAGCCUGCAUGCUUAUAAUUGCAGUACCUCAGGACAUUGCGUUCAUGGCUAUCAUCCUCAGUAUGACAGGGAAGUUUGCCAUUGCCAUUGCAUUUGGUCUGAUUUAUUUGUACACCUGUGAGUUGUACCCCACGGUCAUCAGGUCACUAGCGGUGGGCAGUGGUAGUAUGAUGUGUCGGGUUGGGAGUGUGGUGGCUCCUUUUUGUGUCUACCUUGCUGGCAUCUGGAUCUACCUGCCUCAGCUUAUUGUGGGGAUCCUAGCCUUCAUUAUUGGAGUUCUGGCCUUGUUCCUGCCAGAGACGCUGGGGGAACCCCUCACCUCCACCCUGGAGGAAGCCAGUGCUCUGGGUACCAAAUUUAGCAAGAAGAAGACAAAAGAGGAUGGGGUGCAGAUGAACCUGACUGACAGCAAAGCUUGAGCCACAAAGAGAGAGACUGGAGUAAUACAGAGAGCACUCUUCAGCACCCUACUGUUGAAAGCUCAUGUAGGAACUUUAAUAGAGCUUUCCAGUAAAUAUAUCAUUUUGGUUGCAGGAUCGAGGAUAAACAGUAAAAAAGCCAUUACUGAAGGAAACCAGCCAUACUAAAAAUGAAGAACAGCUAUAAAAGACUUCUUUGUUGUUUGAAGCUGCAGUGAUGUCUGCAUUUUGAGGGGUUUUUUUUGGAAAUUGCAUUUUUAAAUACAUAAUUGACAUGGAGGUCAGCCAUGAUGGCUGGCAUUAGUAUUUUGGCAAUAUUUGCUCCAUAAAGGAUGGUUCUUUAUAAUUUUACUAUUGAAAGUAUGUGGUCGAUAGAGGAUUAUAAGCUGCCUCAGUAUUACCUGACCUUUGUUUGGUUUUCACUUUGUCUACUUGGAGUUGUUAUGGCAUUUGUUCUGACACCUGAGUACAGAAGGAAAAUGUAACAAGUAGGUAUUUGUGACAAUGUUCAAAAUGAAUAUUCAUGGUAGUUAUUUUUAUGUGAUUGUAUUUAUACACUGCAAAGACCAAUAGUAAUUUGUAUGACUCAAUUAUUAUUUUCUUUUAUUUUAUUUAUUUGUUUGCUUACUAUCAUGGUACAAACAUGUAUUAUUUGAACUGUUUGACUAAGCAUUGGAAUCCAGGGUGACCAAUUCCUCCAAACAUACCUCUCACCCAUGGAAAUUGAACUAGUAUAUCCAAUCAUUUAAUCCUCAUAUUUUGUUGAGAUUUCCGUUGCAUUCUCAUUAUUUAAGAUCCAAGAGAUGCUGUAAUUGUAAAAAUGCUAAUAAUAAUUUCACAAUAAAGCUGUUUUUUACCUUCA